AUGGCUCAUCGACGUUAUACCAGCUUCCUUUUCAACGUGAACGAGUUACCUAUUAAUGAUGAUCCUGACAAUGGGGGGGUCGCACCUAGAGCAAACGUCAAUGGACGAUGGAUACCGCCCAUUUAUAGAGCUGGCUUCUUGGCUCAGAUUCCCGGGCGAAUGUUCAGAUGGGCGGACGGUUACAUUACCGAUGCUGGGUACGAAUAUCGAUGGUUCGGCGGCGAUGGCUGGAACUCAGAUAAUCAAAUGCUCCAGCAUUACAGAAGUACAACCUUAUUUUGGUGUAAUGAAUUCACACAGUUUCAAAUGAUGGAGGUAGAUGCAUCCACGUUAGACGUUGCCACUUCGGAUUUUCCAAACAACAGAUGGUACCCACUGACUUUUCUAUAUGAUGGGGCACUCUCACGGGUAUCUGCUGCACUCGAGGAACAAUACCUUGCUGGCAGAGAUGGGGCUUGGGUUGGCCAACUAGGGCUUCAAUCGUAUCGACACCGCAGAAAUCGACCAACAAACGGACUCGCAGGUAAUCUUGGCACCAUUGUGGCCUUGGUUGCAUUCUCCUGCCAUGACGAUCGCUCAUUAUACAACGUUCUGAUUAACCAUAUGGCAUGGCGAAGGCAAUGGAGGCCUCAUACUGCAGAGCAUGGAAGGCUUCAUGAGAGAGGAGUUGUGGGCAAUAUCUACCUGGAUCCAGAGAACCCGAACGGCUCCACCAAUGAUACGCUUUAUCGGCUCGAAUGGGAAGACGGUCCUAUGAUUUACUAA